CAAACCCGUAAUCGGCCGCUACAUUGUUCCACCCCUGAGGGAGGUCUGUGCGACAGGAGCUCCAGGCUCGAUAUUGGCCCCUAGAGGUAUAAGCAGCAGCUCUAAUCUGUGCAGAGACCUCACAGCUAUCGGGCAAGCGAUUACAUACGAACGGGAUUUGCAACCAGUUCCCUUUCAGACAUGUCUUUUCCCAUCGCAGUUCGCAAACCCCUACCCUCGGCAUCAACCCCGACUUUUGCUCUUUAUGCCCCGACGACAAGACGAUCUUACAAUCCAUUACAAUGGAGGGCUCACUCCACUUCGCACCGUCAAUGCCUCUCCAGCAUCUGGAUUCCGAAGGAAAUCAAGUCAGCAAGCCCCAAUGAAGAUGCACACGGAAAACUGGCCCGGGCCGGUUUCCUGCGCCAGUCCCACGCUGGCAUCUAUCACAUGCUCCCUCUAGGCCGCCGAGUGCAAGACAAAUUGGAACGACUUCUGGAUUAUCAUAUGCGAGGACUUGGAGCGUCGAGGAUAUCCCUUUCCUCCAUUACGUCAAAACAGCUAUGGGAGCAGAGUGGACGAUUCUCACAGCUUAGUUCGGAGGUCUUCAAUUUUCGAGAUCGCAAAGGCGCUGAAUACUUGCUUUCCCCGACUCACGAGGAAGAAGUCACGGCGUUGGUGGCGCAAUCUAUCCAUUCCUACAGGGAGCUUCCAUUAAGACUUUAUCAGAUCACUCGCAAAUAUCGCGACGAGAUGCGUCCUCGGCACGGCCUCUUACGCACCAGAGAGUUCACAAUGAAGGAUCUCUAUACUUUCGAUGCGACUACCGAUUCCGCGCAACACACAUACGCCCAAGUCCAAAACUCUUACACAAAGUUCUUCACGUCGCUCGGAUUACCUUUCGUAAAAGUUGAAGCGAACUCCGGCGAUAUGGGAGGGAGCUUAAGCCACGAAUAUCACUUGCCCACCUCCAUUGGGGAUGAUUUAAUCGUGACAUGCAGCCAGUGCGACUAUGCGGCCAAUGAUGAGAUUCUCCAGGGUCAAACCGCGAGUCCUCUUCUACUCAACCACAACAAUGCCUGGCGUGACAUUGACUGGCAAGUUUGGAGAGGAAUCAGCAAAGAUCGGAAGACUCUCGUGAACGCAUGGGUUCCGAUACAACUCUCGCGAACAACAGGCAGUGAUGGCCUUGCUGGCGUGAGCCUGCGUGCUAUCGAAACUGUGGUCCCAGAGUUGGAUUCUAGCGUCGACCGUCCUCUGACGCUGUGGGCUGAAACAGUACGACGCUGGUCUCAUGACCCCAUCCAGCACAGAAGCGACGCGAUGAACCCACGGGUCCUGAACUUGAUAGACCACAGGUUGGCAGCUGACCCUGAUUUCCGUAUCCGCGAUGGAAGGGGCAGUAAUGUACCAGACGCCGCUCAUUUGCAGCAAAUCGUUGUUGGGGAGGCCAAAGACGGUACGCCUCUGGACCUUCUGGGGGUUUCACAUGGUGACAGAUGUCCUCGGUGUUGUGCAGGCGAGCUUAAGGUUGAGAAAGCUCUAGAGAUUGGGCAUACCUUCCACUUAGGAACGCGAUAUUCUGAACCGCUGGGGGCGACGAUAUCGUUGCCAGGAAAUGCCGAUCCCAUAACCGACGAAACGCCAUCAUCCAUUCCUCGACAGGCACCGAUCCAGAUGGGUUGCUACGGGAUUGGGGUUUCGCGUCUUAUUGGCGCAAUCGCGGAACACUUGGUGGAUGACCGUGGUUUACAAUGGCCCCGGGCCAUUGCCCCAUUCGAAGUGGCCAUUCUUUCUGCCCCAGACCUUACAACGGAUGGAACAAAAAUGUAUGACAUGAUCAGCGAUACCUCUAGGUCUGAGGUGAUAGACGUGGUUUUGGAUGAUAGAGCAGUUUCAUUGCCCUGGAAGAUGAAAGACGCAGAUCUUGUGGGCUAUCCAGUGAUGGUCAUACUGGGAAAACAUUGGAAGGCAGAAGAAGUUGUUGAAGUCCAAUGUCGCCGACUAGGCAUCCGAAGCCUCGUGCGACGCGAGGAGAGUAGAGAACUAGUGUAUAAUUUAUUACAACAAUUAAGCUACUAACCAGCU